CCGGAAGUGUUGGUUAGUUUAUUGAAGGCAGCGGCUAGCAUCGGAUAUCAGUAGAUUUAUAUAUAGUUAGAUAACGUUAUUACUGAUUAAACACAUGUGUGUGAAUUAAACACUAUUCAAUUUAAAUGUAACACGAAACCGAACAUAUAGUUGAGAAGAUACAGGACGUAUUGUCGGAGUAAAUCUCCAUAAAAGUUAGCACAACACGAGCUAACAUUAGCGAGCUAACAAAGCGUAAUUCAGCUUUGUUUGUAUAGAAAUCAAACAUCAUGAGUUUGGUGGUAGGUCGACAGCCUAGAAAGACUGCGGGAAACCGCAUGUCCAAAUUACUGGAUGCUGAAGAAGAGGACGAGUUCUACAAGACCACUUACGGAGGCUUUAACGACGAAUCGGGAGAUGAUGAGUAUCAUGGAGACCAUUCAGACACAGAGGACGAAGUCGACAGCGACUUCGACAUUGACGAGGGAGACGAGCCAGACAGCGACCAGGAGGAGGAUGCACCUCGGCGGAAAAGUCGAGUCGUCACUAAAGCUUAUAAAGAACCGAUAAAGGUGGCAAAACCUAAACCCAAAAAGCCCUCAGAGGAACAGAAGAAGACAGAGAAAACAAAAGUGGAGCUGAAAAGACGAAUUCCACCAGAAUUCCAAGACUUUAACGAGACAGCCCGCAAGUCCGUGCGACAGUCCACCAGUGAACAUACACGCAAGACCAAUCUGCGCCUACAAGAGCGUCAGGACGCCCCACGGAGAAGGAGAGGUGCUCAUCGUGACCGGCCCCUGACACAGGAGGAGCUGCUGGCUGAGGCCAAGAUAACUGCUGAGCUCAACAUUCGAUCACUAGAGAACUAUGAACGCCUGGAGGCAGACAAGAAGAAGCAAGUCCACAAGAAGCGGCGUUUUGAGGGACCAACAAUCCGUUACCAUUCGGUCCUGAUGCCCCUCGUCUCCCACUCCGUCCUGAAAGAAGAAAAUGUCGAUGUUGAAGGGUUGGACCAGGACGUCCCUGCGCCACAGAAUCCCACCACUCCGUCCCAGCAACCUGCUGGAGGCUUGUGCUCCCGUACGUACAUAACGUUCAGUGACGACGAGGCUUUCGAGGCGGCGUUUCCUCUCAGCGCACAGUCCAGUCCUCAGCUCCCCGUCCAGGAGGUCUGUCCCGUCACCCACAAGGCAGCGCUGUACCGAGACCCCGUCACCGACAUCCCCUACGCCAACGCCCGAGCCUUCCGCAUCAUUCGAGAAGCGUAUCGCAAAUACGUGGCCGCUCACGGAUUCCCCAACACGUCGGGAGGGAUGACGGGACUCGACUCCUCUGCAACUAAGGGCACUCGCCAAAAAAUGGUCGUGAAGCAGAGUGCGGUUGCAACAUAGGUUUGCUUUGUAAAGACUUAAAACAUUGUUUUUCUUCUUUUUUUUUUUUUAAGUUUUUCAAUUCAAGUCGAGCAACUUGAUUGUGUGACUGGAGGAGAAAACCAAAGGAACUCUUAUCUCUAUCCACACAUGGUCCCUGGCACCAGGAGUUCCAGACUUUUUGGGAUUGUUACUCUAAAGUAGCUGAAGUCAUGAAAGGCAAAAGGAGGCAAGCAUUUUCAGUGCAGUGCCAUUAAUUCCAUUUCCAAACAGUUUGUUUUGUACGUCAUUCCCCAAACAAAUGCAGACUGAGUGGAUGAAAAACACCAGAUUUAAAUGUUUGCAUCUGCACAGUGUAAAAACAACCAAACAAA